CUAUAACCGAUUUUUCUGUAAAUCUUGGACUUAUAUUGUGCCAUUGUAAUGAGGUAGAGAAAGAAAAUGAGUCGAGGCCUUUUAUCAGGCCUGGAUAAAGCUGAGAAAAGUCCUUACACAGGUUGGGUUGUCAGUGGGCCAAGUUUUUCUCCAGAGAAUGAUGAGGUGUGUUUACUUGAGGAUGAUCAAUGUGAUAGUGAACAGCAAGGUUCAUCCUCUUCCAGUGACUCCAAGAAAUGUCUGUCAGAUGGACACAGAAGUCCCAAUGACUUCAAUGCAAAAAAUUCAUCAUUCAAGAUUCCUAAAAAAAAACCUGGCUCUCCUGAUGGCAAAGACAAGAAAGGCAAUUCAUGGAUUGUUUCUUCAUUUGAUGAAGAAGAGGAGAAUAGAGGCUGUCUAACAAGGGACUCACAUAAUCAGAAGCAAAGAAACAAUGCAAACUAUUCUGGUAAAAGAAAAUCAGAAGAUAUUGGAUAUCGUCUUCGAAGACAAGGACUUUGUGUUCCCAGAACACGUCGAUGGAAACAUGCCGAUCCCCCUGGGACGCCAUCUUCUGGGUGGAAUUCAAAGCUGACUUCUUUAGGAACAGAACCUUCGUUAAGUCAUGUUUCAAAUGCUCAUACAGCUGAGAGAUGUAAUGGUUCUGUGUCUGCAGACACUACAAAAACUAUUGUACAAAGAAGUUGUAGUGUUCUAGACAAAGAGCAAAGAGAGAGUCGUUCAGUAUUAGAUCGUAUCCUGGAAGGAGAACAUGUGGGUGUUUCACUCAAUACAGACUCUGAUAACGGUGUGGCAAAGAGUGUGGACACUAAUUCAGAUAGCAACUUCAGAAAAAAAUCAAGACUUAGUGAGAAUCCAGCUUCGUCAAAGGAGGUUCUUUCCGAUGACAACUAUGAUGACUGUUUUGAUUCGAAUUAUUGUAAUACCUGUAACCAGAAGUUGUCACUGGACAAAAAGUGCCCACAUUGCAGCAAAGAUGUUUUCCCUUCACAAGCUGCAACACCAAGAAGACCUCUUUCACCGGACAGAUUUUAUCCUCUGGCUGAUGACAGAAAGCCAAAAGUUCAACGGACAUACAAUAAUAAUAGAUUGCAUAGAAAUGGAGUUCCCAAGUUGUUAGAGCCAGGAUCAGUGGCAAAGAUGUCAGAUGUUAAAAAAUCAAAUAAUGAAAGAAGCCAGACAAACUUCAUGUUAAAGAAAAGAAAGAAUCAAACAAAAGUAAGUUGAACUGAGCUUUCCUUAAUUAAAUGUUUGUGAGUCUGGUGAACACUACACAUGUAUGCUGUUGCAGCAAGAGAAGCAGUCAAUAUGUACAAUAACCACUAGAGUACACCUGUUGUACCUGUAGACAUGGGUAUGAUAGAGAGACUCCAGUUUAAGAAUAAAUGCACAUCUGUGAUUGUUAACUGGGUCAGAAUGAAAAGCCUGACAAUAAUAUUUUUAGCUGCACAUGUAAAUGGUAGAACUG